UCUUCACUUGCACUUGGGACUUCUGUCAGUUCUGACUAUUCUCCAAGUGUUGGGUUUUUAGUUCAGUCCAUGCCCAAGUUUGAUACAGUGCUUUGGAUGUGCGGAACAUUGUGCCACACUGCCAGGUUUCUUUGUCGACUUGUAUGUCUGCAACUAGUUAACUAUUCAUGGCGUACUGUGAGGAGGGGUUAUGAUCCGUGUAGUUGCUGGUGUCACACUGUCAUCUCCGUGCUGAAUACCUUCAAUGCUUCAUUGCGGAGCUCUUACUUCUAGGAAAACUUGCGGAGUCUUCUGACUGAGAGGACUGGAAAUGGAGGUUGCUGAACUAAUUAUUUACAUUGGUUAUCGUAUGCAUGCUUGAGAUGCAUGGUCAACGAGCUGAGUCGGACAGCAGGCACCCUCUUUCAGGUCCAUACAGCACAGGCUCUACCUGCUCAGGAAUUGAUUCUAUAAAGCCAUGACGUGGUCUUUGGUUGCAGCGAGCUGCAUUGUAGCUAUCGUUGCACUACAAUGUGACGGAGGACGUAACACUGAUGACAGCAGUGUUGAAGUACCAGACAAAUUCAAUCUUGCCACAGGAGUGCCAUGUAGACACCUGCAGCAGAUGCUCCGUUCCAAGCGAUCACUAGCCAAGCGACUGCAGUUUGCUGCUAAUGAUACACUCACCAAACCUAACUCCAUGACAACUGCAGAGAAGCAGGUUCAGGCACAAAUCAUAGAGUUGUUUGGAGAGGAACUGGAUGAGUUUGAGGCUGGCAUUUAUAAAUCACUGAAUGGCCUGGACCGUGCCCUGAAGGCCAACUUCUGGUCACUGCCGUCAGUGAAAGCCAAUUUCAAACGUCGCCUUGAAGGACUGAAGAGUGCCUCAAUGCAUGAAGAGCAAAGUUUUAAUGCUAUUGUCGAGCUGGAGAAAAAGCAAGAGCUAGCCGAACAGGAGCACGAGAAAGAUGUCCAGCGGAACAUCACUGCUCACCAGCACGGUGCACAUCGCAGUGUAGCUGAGAAGCUCAUCCAGGAACUGGUGAACGGCGUGGUAGACGAUGUUGUGGCUGCCGCUGACAAGCUGGAGAAUGGCAUGAAACAAGACCAGGCCUUUGAGAACAUCAAACAGAAAGAAGGUGCCAAAUUGGAAACUGUGAUAAAGCUAGAGGAGGAUGAGGAAGGUGUUCAUCGUGAUGUAGCCAAGGAUACUGGCAGCAAGAAGAGUAACCAUAGCAGCAAAGUGUCCAAGGAUGGGCUGCGCCGUGGUGGAGAUGACGGCGAUGAAAAAAGCAAGAAGGCUGGUGGCAUGAGCAUGCUAAUUGACUCGCACGGCAACAAGUAUAUUCUGGCUGAAUCAGCUACAAAGAUGAUCACGCAUCACGACUGGCAUUUACUAACGAGCCUGGCUUUGGCUGUGGUGUCUGCGUUUCUCCUGGGUGUGAUCUGUCAGUACCUGCGAGUACCGGUGUUGUUUGGGUACGUGUUGAGUGGUGUUCUCAUUGGACCGCCUGGAUAUAAUCUUGUACAGUCUCAGGUACAAGUGGAGACACUCGGUGAGGUCGGUGUCUACCUCUUGCUGUUUAGCGUCGGCUUGGAUUUUUCCGCUCGUAGUUUCAGAGAGGUAUGGUUAGUUGCUAUGUGUGGUGGAGGUGCCACGACAGCUGUGAUGCAACUUGCAAGUCUUUUGGCAGCCACCAUGCUGCACAUUCUACCGCAGCAAAGUUGUUUUGUAGCCGCAUGCCUUACACUGUCCAGCACUCAGCUAGCUGUCAGGGUACUGGCUCAGUAUAACGUGCGCCGCAAAGGUGUUUCUCCAUCGUCGUCUUCUUCCCACAUAUCCAUGAGGAAGGAAAGUCUGCUGGAUGGAUCAGAGAAUGGUGGCGUUGACCUUGGCGAAGUCGGUAACGGUGUCUUUGGUAUUCUACUAUUGCAAGACAUCUUCCUGGCAGUGUUUGUUGCCUUGCUACCCAUCCUGGCUGAGCAGAUUGCGGACAGUCAGGAUCAAGCGUCAUCCUCGCAUGCCGCCGCCACCAUUGCCACUGCUGGUGUUGCUAGCGUUAUUCGUGGUGCUAAAGCUAAACUGACCACACAGCCUACUGGUGAUGCAGGCAUGGGGUCCUCCUCCAGCCCAUUGUCAUCUGUUGAGAGUUCUGAUGGUUCUGCAGAUGUACCAGCACCAGGCCUGCUAUACCCUGUCUUAUCACUGACUGCUCGUACUGUUUGCCUCUCCAUCUUCUGCUAUGCUGCGUCACGCACGCUGCUGCCACCUCUGGUCAAAAAGUUCUGGUCGUCAUCCGACAAAUAUGAUCGUGCUAUCUGCUUGACAUUGGGCAGUUUGUCCAUGCUUGUCGUCUGUGUGAUUUUCACCCAUCACGUCGGGAUCUCGGCUGAAUUAGGCUGCUUUGUCGCUGGCGUGCUGCUAACCUCUUUGACUUCUCAUGACCGCCAUCUUGCCCAGCAGGUACUAGCUAGUGUGGAACCAGUCAAGGACUUGUUCUCAGCCAUCUUCUUUGUCACCAUUGGCUUCCACGUCUUUCCAAUGUUCAUUUGGCACGAGUUUGCUGUGGUUGUGACGCUAACGACGGCCGUCGUUCUUGUCAAGUUCACUGUCACAUAUGCUGUGUUGUCGUCCAUGGUAAGUGCAUCACAGGCGGGUAUGAUUGGCUUGGCAUCGUCCAGUGUAGCACAAGUCAGCGAGUGUGCGUUCCUGGUGGGCAGCCGAGGCGUGCGAUUGGGUCUCAUAUCUCGUGAGGUGUAUCUUCUACUCUUGUCAAUCACCACCACCAGUCAACUUGUCACGCCCGUCCUAUGGUAUAGUAUGUCUGGCUGGAGAAGCCGGGCUCCUCUCAUGCGUUUUAUGAAGGCAGCUUACACACUCUUUAGCAAAGCAUGUCAAUCGGUCUCUUCAACCUGUGCCAGGUGACCGGGACUGCAUUUUCUCGCAGGCAACCGCUGCUCUUUUGCAGUCUUUCUCUCUAGAAACCUUGGUCUGAUUUUUAUCUUCUCCUAUUUCCAAUUUUGAGUUUUUUAAAGAGCGUGCCUCUUGCAUGCUCCUUGAACUUAUUUCUUUCCUGAAUAUUUUUAAGAAUUUUGAAGCUCCAUUCUAGCCUUGUCAUAAUUUCAGAAAUAUUCUUCUCAUCCCUGCUGAUGCCCUCAG